GGCAAUGUGUGCGCGCUUAUACGUAGGAAAUUCGGCGCGCGAAAGCUGUAACAGGAAGUGAGAGAGUAGCUGAGGGGGAAACGGCGGCCAGUCUGGGAUUUGAAUCUAUCUAACUACUUCCAUAAUCUACAAACAUCUAAAUUAACAUGGCAGACCCGAAGGACCAGGAAGAACAUGAAACCACUGCAGAGAAUACAGAGGACUCUAAUCAUGAUCCCCAAUUUGAGCCGAUCGUGUCCCUUCCAGAGCAGGAUGUGAAAACAUUAGAAGAAGAUGAGGAGGAACUCUUUAAAAUGCGGGCUAAACUAUAUCGGUUUGCCUCUGAGAACGACCCACCAGAGUGGAAGGAGAGAGGAACCGGCGACGUCAAGCUGCUGAAACACAAAGAGAAGGGCACAAUCCGCCUCCUGAUGAGGAGAGACCGAACCUUGAAGAUUUGUGCUAAUCACCACAUUGUACCUACCAUGGAGCUGAAGCCCAAUGCUGGCAGUGACAGGGCAUGGGUGUGGAACACACUAGCAGAUUAUGCUGACGAAAGCCCCAAACCUGAACUCCUGGCAAUACGCUUUUUAAAUGCAGAGAAUGCUCAGAAGUUCAAGGGGAAGUUUGACGAGUGCAAGGAGGAGGCCAGAAAAACUCUAGAGGGAGAAGGCGACACUGAUACCGCAAACAAAGUGGCAGAGAAGCUGGAGGAACUCUCCGUAAAGGACAAGGCGUCAGACGAAAAGAAAGAGGUCAAAAAGGAGACUGAGAAGAAAGAAGAUGAGAAAAAGGAGAAGGCUGAGGAGGAGAAGAAUUGAGAACCAAGAACUCGCUUUGCUGAUCUUCAAUUUAUCAGUUUUUCCUCUUUUUCUACAAUAGACUCUAAAUGAACUGAAUUUGGACACUUGCAUAUUAUUAGUUUUUUUUUAUUUUUAUUAUCUGUUUUGCCUCAAGAUCACAAGUCCUUUGAUGCCACUGGGGGGGGGAAA